AUGCACCUGCACCUUAAUUAUAGCGAUAGAAUUAUACGUUGCUUUGGUAUUAGUUUAGAUCGAAAAACAAAUGAAUAUCUUCUUAUAAUGCAAUAUGCUAAUGAUGGAGAUCUUCAAAGUUAUCUUAAAGUAAAUUUCAAGAACUUGACUUGGAAUGAUAAGAAAAAAUUAGCAUUUCAAAUUGCAGAUGGAUUGAAUUGCUUGCAUAAUGAAAAUAUUCUGCACAGAGAUCUUCAUUCUAAGAAUAUAGUUAUUCAUGAAAAUAACGCUAAAAUUACGGACUUCGGUAUUUCAAAAAAUCAAAAUAAUCAAACUUCAACAGCCUAUAUUGGCAAUUUUGGUGUUGUUGCUUAUAUGGAACCAAAACGUCUUAUAAAUCCAAAAUUUCCAUAUACUAAAUCUUCAGACAUUUAUAGCUUCGGUGUAUUAAUGUGGGAAAUUUCUAGUGGAUGUACUCCAUUUAAAGAUUGUUAUGGAAAUGGCCUCGGUAUUUCUAUUUAUAAUGGUGCUCGUGAGGAUACAAUUCCUGGGACUCCUGAAGAAUAUGAAAUACUCUAUAAAAAUUGUUGGAAUAAAGAACCUGAAGAAAGACCAACUAUUAAUAAAAUAUUGGAUGAAUUUAAAACAAUGGGUUUAGGAAAUAUUGUCACAAGCAAUUUAGUUAAAGAUUUAGAUAAUUUAACUUUGGAAUCGCAGACCAGUGAUCAACUCAAUCCAGAUUUCUGUAAUUUAUUUAAAUGGCUAGAGUAUUAA